AGAAAAUCACACUUCCGCUAAAAUGACGCGUCAUCCGGUUGGUCGGAAUUUAGCAUCGAGCGUUAGCAGUGUGAAUUUCGCGGACAUAGACACUUUAAUUAAUGCUGUUCAUCAUGUUUGUUUUUGACGUGAAAUGUGUAACAACCAUAUAAAUUACAAAACGAAUUCGAAAACGUCGACGAAGCGGCCAACCAGUGGACAAAGCACUUCCUGGUUGCAGCCCGAUGACGUCUAAGUGAAAGUGACUCAUCCUCGGUUGCUGCUGCCUGCUGGGGGAUGCUGACAGCCGCGCUGCGCACCGCGCGCGACCACCGAGCGGCCCCCGUGUGACCCCCACCACCCCCCGCGUGACACCAACGCCACCAUGGAGGACAUCCUGCAGAGGCUCCACAAAGACGCAGCCGGACACAAGUACAAAAGCCUCCGCGACGCCUGCGUGCUCGCCUCCGAAAGUCUCCAGUGUCACAAUGCAUCAGCCAAGCUAUCGCUUGCAGAGCUGCGGGCGCGCUGUCUUCUGCCGCUCCAGAUUGCGCUCGAGUCCAAAAACGUCAAACUGGGCCAGACGGCGCUGAGCGGCAUGCAGAACCUCCUGUGCGAGGACCGCUUUGUGGGCGGGAAGGCCAAGGAGGCGGAGCCCGUGGAGUGUCAGCUGGUGAGUCAGAUGUUGGCGGCGCUGCGAGUGACGCCGGCGCUGCACGAGGACCUGCAAGUGGAGGUCAUGAAGGUUCUCCUGUGCGUCACCUACUCGCCAAACUUUGACAUCAACGGAGACUCCAUCCUACGCAUCGCUCAGGUGUGCAUGGAUACAUACGCGUCCAACUGUCAUCAGCGCAGCAUCAACACGGCAGUCCGAGCCACCCUCAGUCAGAUUCUUGGAGAUUUGACACUGCAGCUGCGACACAGACAAGAGGGAGCAGAUGGAGAAGAGCUGAGUGCCCCUCCUCUGCAGAGACGGGACGUGUCGCCCACCAGCCAGGCACUGUGCGACGACGUCGUGAUGGUCUUGACGCUCUUCUGUGACAAGCUGGAGUCGGUCGACUGUGACAAGCAGCUGCUGCAGCUUCUUUACCUGGAAAGCAUCUUGUCCAUGCUCAGCUCCUGUCCUCCCACAAUGCACCUGUCCAGACGCUUCACCGACCUUGUCUGGAAGCAGCUGUGUCCGUCUCUGGUGUCCAUCAUGGGAAACCCGGUCAACGACAAAACCAUCACUUCCUACCACGGCCACACGGGGGCGCCAGAUGCGGAGCGGCUCCAUCCGGGCGCCAGCCAGGAAGCGGAGUCCGCCGUGGGACUGGUGUCCGAUCAAGGCCGAGGCUCGGGCUGCUCGUCCAGCGCCCCCGCCCGGAUCGCGCCGGUGGUGCGGACCGUGUGCUACGUGGCGGCCGAGCUGGUUCGCCUGGUGAGCUGCGUGGAGUCCAUGAAGCCCGUGCUGCAGUCGCUCUACCACAGGAUCCUGCUCUACCCGCCGCCGCAGCACCGCACUGAGGCCAUCCGCAUCAUGAAGGAGAUUGUGGGAAGUCCCCAGCGUCUGUUCGACCUGGCCGGGCCGGGCCUGGCCGAGCCCGAGAGCAGGAAGCGAUCAUUCUCCAAAAGGAAGUCGCACCUGGACCUGCUGCGACUCGUGAUGGACGGCAUGACGGAGGCGUGCGUGAAGGGCGGCAUGGAGGCGUGUUACUGGAGCGUGUCGUGUGCGUGCGCUCUGCUGCGAGCGCUGGAGGAGCUGUCGCAGGGCCGCGGCCUCACGCCGGAGCAGGUUCGUCUGGUGGUCGGCCGCAUGGACGAGCUGAAGGACGGCACGGAGUCGUCUCGCGCGUCCAUGGAAGUGAACGAGGCCGACUUCCUGUGGCAGAGACACAUCCUCUCCUCCGAGGGGGAGCCGUUGGAUGCCGCGGUGGAGCGCAGCCCCGACGUUAGCGUGAGCAUCAGCAUCACCACAGACACGGGCCGCACCACGUCGGACUCGCAGCCUGCAGGCCGCGCGGCCCCUGAUCACGAGGAGGCGGAGCAGGACGAGGAGGAGGAGGCGGCGGCGCAUCUGCGGCAGGAGGCGUGUGUGGUGCCGCCCGAUGUGGUCCAAAGAAGCCACGCCCUCGUAUAUCCUGACAUCACCAACUUCCUGUCGGUGGAGUCCAGAACCAGAACGCACCACGCGCCCGCAUCGCGCUACAGCGAGAGCAACUUCAGCAUGGAGGAGCAGGACUUGUCUCGGACAGAGUUGGACUCGUGCGAUCACUACUCCAUGGCGGCCGAGAAGGACUCGGGGCGUUCCGACGUGUCGGACAUGGGUUCCGACAACAUGUCGCUGGCUGACGAGGACGAGCCCAGUCCGUCGGACGCGCCGGCCGGCCGCUCGCUGCGCACGGCGGCCGCGCUCUCGCUCAAGCUGCUGCGCCACCGGGAAGCCGACCAGCACGGCGCCCGCGUCUUCGUGCGCUCGCUGGCCUCGCUGCUGCCGGGACUCCUCGCCCUCGACGCCGACGCCGCGCAAGUCGACCGACUCCUGCAGGACUUCGCGCGCACCUUCUGCUCCGGACUGUGCGCCGACAUUGCUUGCAGGAUCCCCUCACCAGGCGUGGAGGCGGGGCAGACUCUGAGCUGUCAGUCACUGAUGAACGCCGACGGCAUCUACCUGUUGUCCUUCUACGCGCUGCUGCUCAACCUCAAACUGUGCAAGUGCAACUUCUACCAGCGGAGGGCGCUCCCCCCUGCCCUUGGCUUGAAGGAGUUUGCGCGUGCGAUCCAGAGCAGCGGCGUGCUAGUGGUCUUGUCUCAGGUGUGGAUCGAGGAGGUCUACCAUCAGCUUCUGGAACUAGACCUGCUGGCUCAGGCGGGCUACGGGUUGGCGCCCGACGGGAGAAUGCCACCAUUCAUCACCAUGCUGAACGAUAUGGACGGUCUGGGCAGCAGUGCGAUUGGCGGUCAGCUGAUGAGGAGGUUCAACCAAUCAGCUCCUUCCUGCGACAGAGCAGGCGACGAUGCCGUCGUGGCGGGCGGCGUGCUGUCGCGCUUCCUGCUGACGGGCGUGUGGAGCCAGCUGAUGGAGGUCCUGUCCACGCCGCUGACGGGCCGCGCCGCCGGCAGCUCCAAGAUGCUGCUGGUCUUCGCCAGAGAGAACAGCCAGCGCGAGCGAGACGCCAUCUGUCUCAGUCUGGACGGACUAAGGCAGGCAGCCGCGCUCAGCUGCGCGCUGGGUGUGGCCGCCAACUGCGCCUCAGCCUUGGCCCAAAUGGCCGCCGCCUCCUGCGUGCAGGAAGACCGCGAUGAGAGGGAGGCGCCUGAAGCGGGGGACGCCAUUUCGCAAGUGAAGCAGCGUCUGGAGCAGAUGUCGCGGCCGGCGGGCGUUCGCCUGCACACGGCGCACGUGCUGUGCAUGGACGCCAUUUUGAACGUGGGCUUGGAGAUGGGCAGCCACAACCACGAGUGUUGGACGCACGUCUUCAGGGUGACGGAAUACAUCAGUUCUCUGGAGCACACACACUUCAGCGCCACGAAUCAUGGGCUGUCGCGGGCCACCCUCUCCCAGCGGUGCCAGCAGGGGGCGCUCGCAGGCCGGCUCCCGGAGCCUGUGGGCCAGGCCCGAGUGGAAGGCGAGGCCCCGCAUCCUGACCCGACGCCGCCCCUCACGCGCCCCUCGACCAUCCGGGAGCUUGUGGUCCAGGGCGGCGGAGGAGGAUGUGCUCUGGACCUCAAAGGGGGCAGCCUGUUGACCGGACCCGGUGCCGCCAAGGCCGUCUGCACGCUGUCCACGCAGGCCGACAGGUUGUUUGAAGAAGCGGCGCACAAACUCAAUCUGGCGUCCCUGGUGGGCUUCUUGCAGGAGCUGAGGAAAGCAUCUCAGUGUCAGCUCUUCCACUCUGUCACCGACACUGGAGACUACUCGCUUGCCAUGCCCGGAGAAGCCAAGUCGACGCUGGAGCUUCCGAGCUCCCUGCACCUCUUCCGUCUUGGCGAGGCCAUGCUGAGAAUCGUCCGGAACGACAGCAGGCCGCUGCUGCACAAGAUGAGGGCUUGGAGUGUGGUGGCCCCGCACCUGGUCGAGGCAGCGUGUCACAAAGAGCGCCGCGUGUCCCAGAAGGCGGUGUCCUUCAUCCACGACGUCCUGACCGAGGUUCUGAGCGGCUGGACGGAGCCUUCUCACUUCCACUUCAACGAGGCGCUCUUCAGACCAUUUGAGCACAUCAUGCAGCUGGAGCUGUGCGACGACGACGUCCAGGACCAGGUGGUGACGUCAAUCGGUGAGCUGGUGGAGAUGUGCUCUCCUCGCAUCCUGUCCGGCUGGCGCCCGCUGUUCAGCGCCCUCAGGACCGCCCACGGCGCCAAGAUGGAGGCCAAAGACUACCUGCUGGCAGAAUACGAAGCGGGCAAGCGCCGCGCGCCCGUCUUUGACGUCUUUGAGGCCUUCAUCAACACGGACAACAUCCAGGUGUUCGCCAACGCCGCCACCGACUACAUCAUGUGCCUCAUGAAGUUCGUCAAAGGUUUAGGUGAGUUGGACGACAAGGAGAUCGGCGAGUGCGCGCCGGCAUCGUCUCGGAGCACACUGGACCUGUGCCUGCCGGCGCUCAGCUACCUGCGCAGAUGUUCCCAGCUGCUGGCCACCAUCUACAAGAUGCCCUCCAAACCCGUCUUCCUGGGGGCGCGGCUCGCCAGCCUGCCCGCCAGGUCGCAUGAGCUGUCGGCGGGCGCUCAGGACGUGCUCGACGGCGUCCUGCGGGACUUUGAUGACGGCACGGGUCUGAUCCAGGUGUGGAUUCUUCUUCUGGAGCAGCUGACGGCCGCCGUGUCCAACUGUCCCCGCCAGCAUCAGCCACCCACCCUGGAGACGCUCUUCCUGCUCCUGCGAGAGGUCGCCGUCGUGCCAGGUCCGGGCUUUGCCAUUUCGGCCGUGGUGCAGCUGCUGCUACCCGUCAUGUCGCUGUGGCUGCAGCGUAGCCACGGCGACCACGCCUACUGGGACGUGGCCGCCGCCAACUUCAAACACGCCAUCGGCCUCUGCUGCGAGCUGGUGGUGGAGCACGUCAGCACCUUCAUAAACGCAGACGUCGGUUGCGAGUUUUGGAUCAACGUGAUGUUGAAGGAGCUCUUCGGGCUGUUGGUGUCGUGCGUGUCGCAAGCAGCGGAGACCAUCUCCAGAGUGGGCUGCUCCUGCAUCAGGUACGUGCUGGUGACGGUGGGUCCGCUUUUCACCGAGGAAAUGUGGAGGUUGGCCUGCUGCGCCCUGCAGGAUGCCUUCUCUGCUACCUUACAGCCUGUCAAGAAGCUCGUGUCGUGUUUCCGGAGCGGCUCGGACAGUUUCUGCGGCGACGCCUGCGAAGUGAAGGUGGCCGCUCCUUCCUCGUCGCCGUCGGCGGAGGCCGAGUACUGGAGGAUCCGAGCCAUGGCGCAGCAGGUGUUCAUGUUGGACGGCCAAUGUUCGCCCAAGACGCCCAGCAACAAGGACGGUUUUGAGCAUGCCCAGUCGUGCGUUUUGAUCAUCGAGCCGCCACUGGAGUGUCACGCCAACGGACACGCUCACAACAGGAAAGUUGGUGUUCCGUUCCGUAACGUGGUGGUGAGCCUGUUGUCACAUCAAGUUCUUCUGCAGAACCUUUCGGACAUCUUGCUGGAGGAGUUUGUCAAGCAGCCCGACGGGCAGGAGAGGGUGACGCCAGUGACCUCUGAACCCGCCGCGCGUCCGGCAGCGGGCUUCCUGCGCUACGUGUCCAUGACCAACCUGUCAAUCAUCCUCGACCUGCUGCUUGACUCCUACAGGACGGCGCGCGACUUUGACACGCGUCCGGGUCUGAAGUACCUUCUGAUGAAAGUGUCGGGCGUGUGCGGCGCGGCCAAUCUGUACCGCCAGGCGGCCAUGAGCUUCAAGCUUUACGUGCAGGCGCUGCUCGCCGCUGUCUUGAGUCAGGCCGAGGGCAUGACGGCCCAGCAGGUCAAGAAGAUCCUCUACGAGGACGACGACGGAAGCUCGGACUCCUCCCGACCCGGGUCGGCGUCCUCGGAGGACGAAGACAUCUUUGAAGAGACGGCGCAGGUGAGCCCCCCACGCGGGCGAGACCACCGGCAUCAGUGGCGAGCUGCUAUGUCGUCCCUGAGCGUGGCCCCGGCGGCGCUGGGCAGUAGCGGCGUGGCAGAGUGGGCGUGGCUGGUGAAGCGUCUUCACAAGCUGAUUGCCGACGUGUGCGCCAGUUACAUCCAGAUGCAUCGAGACCUGGAGGAGGACGCGGCCACCGCCGCGCCGACCCCGCCGUCCUCGCAAGCGGGCGAGCGCCACACCUUCUUCCUGCCGCUCUUCCCGUCUGAGUCGUCCACGCCCACGUCGGCGGGGGGGGACACGCCCUCAGAGGAAGGCGCAGUCACGUGUCACACGGCCCGCACCAGCACCAGCACGGCGCCCUCGCCGGGGGACACGCCCGCACACAGUCUGGCAUUCAGCUGCACAGGAAGCGUUCCCGCUAGCUUCCCUAGCGGCGGGAAGGACUGGUGGGAGAGCACCGGGACCAAGCUGGUCUCCAUGGCGACUGACAAAAGCCUGGCCAAGCUGCUGAACCAGUACAAACACAGGAAGCAGCAGCAGCAUGACAGAUGGCAGGGGGGGCGGGGCCACGCGCGUAACCAGCAGACGCAGGCCCCGCCCCUCAGACACUCGCACAGCGCCGGCGCCGAAGUCCUCAGGUCCAGAUCGGGCUCGGCCGUCAGCUCUCACGGGCACGUCGCCGCCAGUGACGCGCAUGCGCAGAUACAGGCAUGGAGCAACAUGGUGGCGACGGCGCUGCAUCAGGUCCUGCAGCUUUCGGACGCGGCCUUCGUGGCGCUUCAGCCGGCGCUCUACCCAAGCGUGUGCCAGCUGGCGUGCCACAUCACCGACAGCGCCGUGCGCCAGGCCCUGUGCGAUUGGCUGGGUCGCGUGGGAAGACUCUAUGACAUUGUGGCGUGAACUCGCAUGACGUCUGCCCGACGCCGCGCCCGCUUGCCGAGGCGGCGCAACUUGUCAGCAACGCUUUUGCGUGAUGUGGCUAACUUCCUGCUAACUUCCUGCCAACAUGACAGCCCGCAGUGUUCAGCCUGCCCGCGAGGACCCAAAGUCAGCCAAAGAUGAUGACGAUGAAGACUACAUUGCAGUGUGUUUGUUGCUAAUUGAUCAAUAUUGAUUCGUAUCCACCUAUUUAUGUAUUUUAUUUCUUCUUUAUGGAUUUGCGUCAGUUCUUUUAUUUGUGCUAUUAAAGGUCUUGUGAUGAGCACCCAGCAGCAACCACA